CGUUGCGAAAUUCCCGUGAUUGAUUGAUAAGAAAUCAGCAGUUUCCCUUGGUUUGUCGCCGUGAUAAAACACGAAUCACUCCAGUUUAAUUGUUCAAUCACACGUGAAAAUGGCCGUAACGUACUACUGAAAGCAAUCGUCUGAGAGAAAACUUGCAAAACACUCGAAAAAUGGCAUCGAACGCCGAGGAGGAUGACCCUUUCGCAUCCGACAAUGCCGACUCCGUUCCAGAAUUUUCCGCCAGCGAAGAUGAAUGGGAUCCGACCGAGGAAGCAAAAUCAAAAUGCGAUUCCAAAACGGGAAGAAAUGCAAAAUCGAAAGUUAAAAAUGUCCCUGCUAAACCGACGAGAGUCUCGAGAAGGAUCGCCUCCCGGAUGGGAAAGGAACUACCGGAGGAGGAGGAACCGGUUGUUCCCACGGUGGUGGUUGUGGAUGCAGAAUCAUAUUCGGAAUCGUCCGAAGAAGAUGAAGAGAAAAAGAAAUCGCCGAAGCGGAAAAGAGGAAAGCGACCGGUAGCUCGGGGUAAGAAGAAGGCGGUCUCUAAACCGAAGCUGGUGGCCAAGGAUGAACCGAUUAAACUGACAACGUUUACGGUGGAGGAGCUUUAUCGGAAGUACAGACCGGAUUUGGCGGGUGGUUCGAAGAAGGAGGAGAAGCGGAAAGUUGAAGUGAAAAAGGAGAAGAGCGAUGAUGACGACAGUAGCGGAGAUGAUUAUCUGGUCGAUCCAAAUGAACUGGAUUUGAAUUCGGAAUUUUUCCAGACCAGUAUGGAGCAGGAAGUUAAGAAGGCUGAACCAGCUAUUGAGUUCGAUUGUAAUGUGGGGUUGGAGAUGGAGGAUUCGGAAGAAGAGAGCGACGAGGAGGAGAAGCCGUUGAGUGUGCUUAGGAAUGAUGGGCAAAGCAGCACCGAUUUUAACAAAAAGUUGAUUGAGCAAAUCAAUCAGUCCAGCCAGGAUUGUGUAAAUAUGAUAAAGCUGGCUGAGGUUUCAAAGCGAAUGGAAAAUGAUCGAAAGAAGCUGGAAAUGCUGCGAAAGGAGCAGGAGCUGAAAGAGGAACGAAAGGAGGAAGACGUUUCCAACCUUCUCUUGACAGGAGAGAAAAUCAAAGUCAAAGAAUUAAAGCCCUCAGCAAGAAACGAUUUCGUCGCCGUACAAGAGAAAAAACCUCAAGAAGAUGAAAAAACAGUGCAAAUCACACUGAAAUUCGAAUCCGCCGAAAAAGACCGAAAAGAUAAGAAAAAGGUCGAUUUGUUCACUGCCCUCAAACGAUUGAUGAAUCGUGAAAAGCGUCAAAAUCAAAUCCAUCUGCACAAGGUCUCGAUUCUCUGCUGGAUCGGUCAUGGGACGUUCCUUAAUCGAACGAUUUCCAAUCCUUCGCUGGUUCAGCUAAUCAUCAAACGACUGCUGCCUACGACAAGCUGCCGACCGAAAGGUCUCACCAAUUUGAACUACUUUCAACAGGUUACCCACUACUUCCGGAAAGUGGUCAAACUGAAAAACCACGACAUGUAUUUCCGAGCAAAAAAACUGCCACCGCUCAAAGCAACCCUCAAAUACCAAAUCAUGCAACGAUCGGCCUUCUCCAAGCGAGACUACAUCCUGCUGUUCCUGUUGAUGCUGCGCUCGUUGAACAUUCACUGCCGACUGGUUAUGUCCCUGGUAGUGCCACCGAAGCAGGUUCCCCCGAGCGAACUGUACCGGAUGUCGCCCAAAACGCACGAAGAACUCCAAGCCGAUCGACGUCUGAUGUUGGAUUUCCGACGAGCGCCUCGCAACAGCGUAGUCUACAAGGCGCGCGAGAAGCUCUUCGAACUGGUCACCAAAAACUCGCAGCAGAUGCGGAAGGAAGCCGCAAGGAAGCGUCGCCGAGAGGGAUUCUGCGGAACGAUGAUUCCCCAAUUGGACGGGAAUCAUGAUCAUUUGUUCGACACGGUUCCCAAGGAGUUGCCUCGAAAGAAACUGAAACUCAUGGCGGGAUCUUUCAUGGAUAUUGAAAGAAAUGUGGAUAAAUCGAAAAAGUCAUCGAAGAAGUCUUCCGAAGAGGGAAUAAAAUUUCCAGAGGAACUGGACGACGAGGUUCGGAGACGUAGGGAGAAAAUUUUGGCAGCCUAUCAAAUGUCACGGGAACAGAAGGAGUUGGCCAGAGCUCGGGCGCAAGCCGAGGCGGCGUUACUUGGUGAGGGAACCAGCUCGAUGCAUUAUCACAGGGGAGGGUCGCGAGGAAGGAUCAGUGCUAAGGAGGCCGCCCGCCGAAAACGCGCUGGAGUGGAUUUGUGGAUCGAAGUGUACUGCGAACACGAGGAUAAAUGGGUCACGAUCGAUAUUCUCAGCGGAAAGGUGUACUGUCUGGAAGAUAUUGUGAAUCAAGCGACCGUUCCGAUUAGCUAUGUGCUAGCCUGGAACAACGAUGGCUCGAUAAAGGACGUCUCCCCUCGUUACAUAUCUCGCCUGGGCAGCAAAAAGUCCAAACUGCGCGUCGAAGACGCCUGGCUCGAGCAGGCCCUAAAGCCGUACCGAGCGCGGCGGAAAACCCGGCGAGACCGCACCGAAGAUCUCAAAUUCGACAAACUGCUCAACAAGCGCCCCUUUCCGGAGCAGAUCGGAGAGUACAAAAACCACCCGCGGUUCGCCAUCGAGCGCCAUCUGCUGCGGAACGAGGCCAUCUAUCCGCGGGAUGCCGUUGUCCUGGGGCACAUCAAGGACGAACCGAUUUACCCGCGGGAUUGCGUGCAUGUUCUGUUCUCGCGGGAGGGUUGGCUCAGGCAGGCCAAAACGGUUCGGAUGUUCGAAGAGCCGUACAAGGUGGUUAAGGCCAAGGCCAAGUACGAUCGGUUUACCGGGGUAUCCAUCACCGGCGGUCAGAUGGAACUGUUCGGAGCUUGGCAGGUCGAGGACUACGAACCUCCGACGGCACAGAACGGACUGGUUCCGAGAAGUGCCUACGGCAAUGUGGAUCUUUUUAAACCGUGCAUGCUUCCGAAGGGAACGGUUCACCUCCAGUUGCCAGGGCUGCACAGAAUCUGCAAACGCUUGCGGGUGGACUGCGCACAGGCCAUUACCGGUUUCGAGUACAAAAACAACGCAUGCCAAGCGGUCUACGAUGGGUACGUGGUUUGCGAGGAGUUCCGGGAUCAGGUCAUUGACGAGUGGUACCAGGAGCAGGUUGAACUCGAACGGAAGGAAGACGAGAAACGUAAGAAACGGGUGUAUGGCAAUUGGAAGAGAUUAGUGAUGGGAUUGUUUAUCAGGAAGAAGUUGAAAGAUCGUUACAAUUUCGAUAACAUGUAACAUUUACAAACAUGUAGUGCAGCGUAAUGUCCUUAUUUUCUGUUUGUAUGUAUAUUAUUUGUAUUCGUUAUCAUGUUCAAUAUAUGUUGAAUGUAUAUUUCAGUAUUAAGCAAAA